ACAUUUUACAGCUGUUAGCUAACUUCAAUGAAAUCACCAACGAAGAAGAGUUCUUGUGUUUGAUCGCUGUUGGAAUACAAAAAUAUUCCUGCACGAAAACGGCGAAUCGGUCUAAUCUAUAUCAUUACGUUGACAAAGCGCAGGUUCCUCCCUCCUGCAGGUGUUUUCUUCUGGUACAGCAUGGAUACCUCUGCAGCGUCCAUGUGGGAUGAGCACCAGGCGUAUGAGGAGCUGCUUUACUGGGACAGCCUGAUCCAAGAGGGACACCAGCUACUACCGCAUGAUUUUGACAGAUAUGAGGAUCUGCGAUACUGGUAUGACUGCCUGUGCUAUGAGGAGGAACUGAGACAAUACCAUGACUACAUUGCGGCUAUUGAGGAGAUUGAGGACACACGGCUUCACAAGGAAGCAGCUGCACCCAAAGUGCACAUCGGGCCCUACGAUCGCCAUGUGAUGGCCAAACAUUCUGAUGUGUAUCCCUCACCAGAAGAGCUGGAAGCAGUGCAGACGAUCAUCUCCCACGUGGAGUGUGCAUUAAAGACUGUGUCUGACCAGAUAGACUCUCUGAAAGAAGUCAGUGGAAGUACAGAGACAGAAACUAACAGUGCAAGUGGUGAUUCACAAGAGGGUGUCCUGCGUGGGGUCAUGAGGGUUGGUCUUGUGUCCAAAGGACUCCUGCUGAAGGAAGACAAUGACUUAGAGCUGGUGCUGCUUUGCGCCAACAAGCCUACAAUCACUCUUCUUAACAAAGUGGCAGAAGAGUUAACUGCACAGUUAGAGACAAUUUCUGCGGAGACGUAUGCAGUGAGCCAGUGUCCUGAAGAUGCAGCUAUUCUUGUAACAAGCAACAAGGAGUCAGCCCUGACUCUCACGAUCCACCUGACAUCACCUCUUGUGAGGAAGGAGCAAGAGAGUGUAGCUGCUGAGGAAGAUGAAACGCGAACAGUCAACGAUCCGCCGGACGUUCUGGACAGGCAGAAAUGCCUAACUGCCUUGGCGUCUCUCCGCCACGCCAAGUGGUUCCAGGCUAAAGUCAACAACCUGACGUCUGCUGUUGUCGUGAUCCGGAUCAUGAGAGACUUGUGUAACCGCGUUCCCACCUGGACGCCGCUGUCAGGAUGGGCUCUUGAACUGCUGGUAGAGAAGGCUAUUGCUACAUCUGAGAGACCAAUGGGUGCAGGAGAGUCCUUGCGUAGGGUUUUGGAGUGCAUUGCAUCUGGAAUCUUAUUGCAAGAUGGUCCUGGAAUUAAAGAUCCAUGUGAGAAGGAAGCAGUCGAUGCCACUGCAUAUCUGACCACGCAGCAAUGUGAAGACAUCACGCAGAGCGCUCAGUUUGCCCUGAGGCUGUGUGCAUUUGGGCAGAUGAACAAGGUGUUGGGAAUAGACUACAAACCUUUAAAGCCAAGGAGACCAGUAGGCUACGGCAGCAAAGAUCACACAGCCCAGAUACCACCUGCCAGACAGCUCAGUCUUCCGCCGAAGAGACCGUACUCUGAGGUGGACCAAGGACAAGAUGAGCCUCAUCUAAAUAGCAAACAGAGGAAGUUUCUUAAGUUCCAGAAGCGCUUUCAAAGGAAACCAUUCACAGAUGACUUUAAUAUGAAUGCCGUGAUGCGUCUGAACCAGUACAGACCGGGCCUGGAGUACCGUCUUACAUCUCAAACCGGUCCAGUCCACGAGCCGGUUUUCACAAUGGCUGUAGACCUAAAUGGGAGCACCUAUGAGUCAACAGGGCCUUCCAAACGAGCUGCCAAGCUUAAUUUAGCAAUCAAGGUCCUGCAGGAUCUUGGUCUUCCGACAGGCUCAGAAUCUAAAUCAGAGUCCAGCAGCGACAUUGAAGCAGCCAUAGAAUCAGUUAAAGCUCCUCCCACGGUCUCUACUACAUCAGAAGAUAGUGGCCAGGGUCCUAUUUUGACUAAAAAUGGCAAAAAUCCUGUGAUGGAGCUGAAUGAGAAGCGCCGCAGCCUGAAGUACGAGCUGUCUGCAGAGACCGGGGGAUCUCAUGAAAAGUGUUUUGUCAUGGAGGUGGAAGUCGAUGGGGAGAAGUUCAAAGGGCGAGGUUCUAAUAAGAAGGAAGCGAAGGCCUUUGCUGCACUUGCUGCUUUGGAGAAGCUUUUCCCAGAGGAAAACAGAGGCAGCUUGAGUGCCAACAGAAACCUUCCAAAGAAGAAGGUCACCUACACUGACAUGCACAUUCCAGGGUUCGGCACUAUCCGGGGCAUUCCUUCAGACUCGGGGUCUCGUGGUUGGGGUCCCAACAGAGGCAGAGGAAGGGGCCGAGGCAAACCAUUUCCUUCAGGACCCAGCUAUAACAAGACCAACUACAGUUAUGAGAGCAGCACUGGCACAGGCUAUCAUAAAUUGUAUGGUAAUAAUGCAGCCAGCCCCACAGCCAAAUGCGAGGGUUCCCCUGGAUCAGGCUACGGCACAUUUUACCCUGAGAGCAGCAACUACUCCUCCCCAGCCGACUCCAGCUCAGGCUCGAACGCCACCAAGGGACAAAGCUACCAGUCCAUGCCCCCUCCUGCUGACCAGCAGAGCCCCUAUAGUUACGGAUACGGUGAUGAGAAGAAGAAGAUGCUGACCCAAAGUCAGAAUGAGGGCCAAGGAGUAGACUACUCUAUGUACAGCACAGCUUACCCCAGCUCUGUGACCGGUGGCCAAGUGUACAAUAACUACGGAUAUGGGAACCAGUCCUCCUGGGGUGAUCAGCAGGGCCAAGGCUUGUACCAGGGUUUUGAACAAAACCAGUGCUCUUACUCUGGAUACAACAGCGAGAAUUAUUAAUCACUACAUUGCCCUUCUCAUCUCACUAUGCCAUCUUUUUGAUUCUGUCUCUGUUCAACCUUGAUUGUUAUUCGAGGAUACUUUUAGAAUUGAGAAGAAAAGCUUGUGUUGUCCAUGAAACUACAAUGUUGCCUUUAUUUCUGCUUUGUUUUCACUCUACUUAUUAAUUUAAACAAAUGAAGGUGACAGAUGCAGACUAAUCUCUUUGGUUUACGUCGACUUACUUUCUUUGGACUGCAAGUAUCCUUCAAACUGUCCAUGUAAAUGUGAGUGUUAAAAAGAAGUUUUAUCAUAUUGUCUUGUUCCUCUGGUUGUUUUGUUUUAAUCUAAUGCACUAGUUCUGUGAGCGUAUUUUGUGGUUUUAUUUUAAAGCUGCUUUUAGUUUUGAGCCUGUGAUUGAUCAUUUUCUGUGUCACAUUAAAAGCUCUAAUCCUCCUGUAAAAUAAAAGACUUUUACUUUGGA